AUGAGAACCUGCAGCCUCCUCCUCCUCAUCAUCGGCGUGGUUUACCCUGCUGCCACAUCCGCAGGGGAAUUUUGGUACCCAAUCGGAAACGUCAACAACCCACACGUCCAGGAGCUGGGCAAAUGGGCGGUGACGGAGCACGCCAAGAAUGCGCAUGACGGGCUCAGGUUCAGCAAGGUGACCAGCGGCGAGGAGCAGGACGUGGCCGGCGUGAAGUAUCGCCUCUCCAUCGACGCAGUGCAGGGCAAUGGCAAGGUCGGGAAAUACAGCACCGUGUUAAUUGAGGAGCCUAGGAGCAACACGCGCACUCUCAUCUCCUUCGCUCCGGCUGGCAACUAG